AUGCCGAGCGUGCCUUCGGCACGGGCGGCAGAGAGGCGGAAGGUUGGGAAGAGGAGCGCUGUGCAAACGCUUGAUUCCUUUGCUGGCGGUGUCUCGGGUCUUCACGGUGCUGACAGCUUCGGGUCGGGUGACUCCGACUUCUCCACCGAGGAGACGGCAGCGGUGGCCAAGGCGAUGGCAGCUCCGAAGCGGCGGCGCAAGGAGGUGUCACCGAACAUCAUUCGAGGUCUGGACACCCUGGUUUACGAGCUGAUCCUGCGUGUUGCGCAACCUGGAGAAGGAAUUCUGGUAUUUCUUCCUGGCAUCGGUGAGAUCAGUGAGCUGCAAGAGGCGCUAAUGCCCUUGGAGGACGUCGAUCAGCAGGCACACAUGAACUGGUCGCCUGGGCUCGAGCGCAACGACCUCCACUUCAAGGUCUUCGUGCUGCAUUCCUUGAUUCCGAAGGACGAGCAGGAAGGCGCCGUCUUUGACCCACCACCGCCGGACACGGCCCACAUCAUCCUGUCAUCCAACAUCGCAGAGUCUUCCUUGACGAUCCCCAAGGUUCGCGUCGUCAUUGACUUCGGCCUCAGACGCCAGCUGAUCUAUGACAAGCGGCGACAUAUGUCUUGCUUGGUGACCACGUGGGUGUCACAAGCCUCCGCCAAGCAGCGGUGUGGCCGGACUGGCCGUGUCUUUGAAGGAGUGAACAUCAGGCUUUACACCAAGCAGUUCUUCGACAGCUAUAUGGAUGAAUUCGAUCCUCCGGAGAUGCAAACGGCUCCGCUUGAGAAGCUCUACGUGAAUGUGAAGCACUUGAGUGCCAAGCUUCCGGCGUACCAGGUAACCCCGACGGAGUUCCGCAAGCGCACUCCAAAGGAGCUCCUGCGCAGCCGACACCAUUAG